AUGGCCCGGUUCUCAGUCCCAACAACGGCCAGACUGCCAUCAUCUCUUCGCGUCGAUGCUUCAAAUCCGGCUGUUUUGAAGAGUCUUAAUCGCCUAUCACGAGAGUCACUCAUAUCUCUUGCCCUGGACUGGCUCGACGAUGGGAGUCUUGCUAAUGCCAUUCCCUACAUCGAGAGGAGGGACGAUGAGGAUGAUGAGGAGACCGACGACAUCUACCCCCCUUGCCAGUCUGUCGAUGAACUGCAACAGCUUUAUCUGGAUAUGCAACAACAAAAGGGGUCAAAACGCGAUGUGAUUAACCGAAUCCUGGAAGGAGACUGGAGGUUAGGUCUCACGCUAUAUCAGCUGGCAAUGGCGGAUCUGGCCUUCUUUGAGCAGAAUCCUACUUCUCAGAAAUGGUCAGCCUAUCAGAUUCUACCUCUCAGACAACCCUCACAGAACGCCGACGAGGAGGAGGUUCUCAAAGUUGAUCGGGAAAGCCUCACAAUUCCUCGAUUUCACCCUUCGACAUUUCUACAGAACCUUCAAUCCCAGGUACUACCCGACGUGAAAGCGCAUUAUCACUUUCAUCGGCCUAGAGAUCUGCCAGUCUUACUCUUACGGAUUUUCGUCAUUGAUUCCCCCUACAACACCGACUUUGCCUUGUCGAGUCAGAACUCUUCAGGGACGGCCGCCAAUUUCGACUCUUCCAGGACUGUGUACAUUGCCUUCCCGGAUGGAUCUCCUGCGCUGUACAUAACAAAGUCCCAGGCUACUGGUCCCAUUGGAUUUGGAGAGUCCAAGAGCUUGCAGAGCUUAAUCGUGGAUGGAGUCCCCAAAGCGCUCUCGCGACCUCGCGAACGAUACACGCUCAAGGCUGGCAACCUGACAAGCAAGAACUUGAAUGCUCUCUUAGAGAAGAAGGGGUCUGGACGCACCAAUGCUGCGGGAGGCGGCUGGAGCAUCUAUGCCGAUGAGUCCAACAAAAUAUCUCCUUUGGAUACCGUUCUUCCAACUCCUCCACUUUCCAGGGAAUCAUCAUCUUCCAGCCUAAGCCAGAAACGAGGAGCUCAAUUAACAGAAUCUCAACGGGCUGCGAAAAGAGCAAAGUUGACGGCCAAGGCACGGUUUGGCGAUUCAGGCAUCGUAACGGACGGCAAGGGCGUGGAGAGAGUGGAUAUUGUGAUACAGGAUCCAUUCCCUUCAACAAGUACGGACCUGGAUGAGCCCAUGAAUGAGGAAGGGGAGGAUGGCGAUGCGGCGACAGGGGCCGCAAGCCGUCGACGAAGCAAGAUUGAUGCCGUUAUUCGGGAGGCCAACGCCGGCGACGAUGACGCGAGAAAAGAUGGGGGAAACUCGGAUCGAUGGACUCCGACUGUCAAGAUAACGUUUAACGGCUCCCACGCGGGGAUAGUGGAUGGCGAAAGAAUGCCGGGGUGGAUGACGGGAGAAGAAGGCGUGACGACAGGGCUUGUAAGGCAUGGUAGGAUACGGGGGCACAAGGGCUCGGGUAUGUGA